CUUGCAGUCACGCAAUAGGGAGCGGAAGGGUCGAAUUAUUUCAACCUACAACUCGCCAAAAAGUACUGUAGGGAAAAAAAAGAGGGAGAAGAAGAAAAAAAGUGUGUGUGGGAGUGAGGGUGAGGGGGGCUGAAAAAAGUUUUUUGUUCUUUCCUUUUUUUCUCUUCCAUCCAUCCCGUUCGCCAGCUCCUCCCAGUGCAGUAUGGAGCAGGAUAGUCCUUCACACACGCUGGGGAGAGCAGGACAUGGAGGUGUGAACCAGUUAGGGGGUGUGUUUGUGAAUGGCAGGCCCCUCCCAGACGUGGUUCGCCAGCGAAUUGUAGAGCUUGCUCACCAAGGGGUCCGCCCCUGCGACAUUUCCCGCCAGCUACGAGUGAGUCACGGCUGUGUCAGCAAGAUCUUGGGACGCUGGAGCAUCCAGGACUCUCCGCUGGCCAAUGGUCAUGGUGGGCGGGACUUCCUCAGGAAGCAGAUGAGAGGGGAGCUCUUCUCGCAACAGCAGAUCGAGGUAUUGGACCGCCUGUCUGACAGACAACUUUCCUGGCCAAUCCCCUGCAGCCCUGAACUCUCCCUGACCCCUGACCCUGGCAAGUCAUCAGAUUACUCCAUGGCCUCUCUAGCAGGGGGAUUGGAGGAGAUGAAGAGCAGUUUGUCCAAUACUGCAACAGGGGCCGAGUUAGGAGCCAGUGUUGCAGGUCCCCAGUCCUAUCCGCUGGUACCAGGUCGGGACCUGGCCAGUACCACUCUACCGGGAUACCCCCCACAUGUUCCUCCAACAGGACAGGGCAGCUACUCUACCCCCUCACUAACAAGUAUGGUACCUGGAGGAGAUUUUUCUGGAAGUCCGUAUUCCCACCCUCAGUAUUCCACAUACAAUGACUCCUGGAGAUUCCCCAAUCCCAGCCUGUUAGUGUUCCAGCAGGACUAUGGGUCUCUCCUGGGGACAGAGAUCGGCUGCUCCUCCAGCAUUUUCACCAGCCAGGCAGGACAGAUGCAAGGGUCGCCAUAUUACUACAGUGCCGCGUCCCGGGGGGCGGGCCCUGCUGCCACGGCAACAGCCUCUGCCUACGACCGCCACUGACCCCCCCUCCCUGAGAGAAAGGGUGGAUGAGGGAGGGAAGGAGAGAAGGAGAGAUAGCACCAGCACUGUCCAAUACUAGCCUGCCUACUGACAAGAGGAAGAGGAGGACGAGGAUGAGGAAGAUGAUGAGGAGGAGUUGACUGCCAUCUGAUUUUGUCAGUAAAGUUUCGACUUUUCUUUGAUUGACACUCAACCCAACCAAUCCCAGCCUUGCUGAGACACACAGCAGGAAAACCAUUACCCUGCUAUUCCACCUUUUUGACCAGCUGCUAGGAUUCACUAUGAAGCCGUAACAAAUCUUUAUGAACAACUUUAUGACAGGCUGAGAACCAUCAUAGUCGGAGUUGAAUCAUGGGGUCCUGGGCACUCUCCACCAAAACAGCGCACCCUGUUAAUGCUCAGACGUUUAAGGUUCACUUCCCCACAACUCAUUACAUUACUGUUGCUCUUUCACCCAAUGUGUGUCAGUGUUCUACGAACCUUCAUAAUAACAACAGUGCUGUGACUGGUGUCUACCUUCUUUAGUAUGUUACUGUGUUUAUGGCCAAAUCCCUCUUUACAAUCACUCCCAGCGCUUCCUUAUCAAUCUUUAUGUACAUUCCACCAUUUUCUUCUCCAACCUGAGAUUUUGUGAUGUUUGAUCUCUGUUUUGAAGUCUUGUUUAUGCAGUCAGUCAACUGGGGGUGUAAAGACAAUCUGAUACUAAUCGAUCGGGGGAGAACCAAUCAUACCACUACGAUCUGUCAUUGUGAUGACAUCACAUAAUUGUGGCAUCACUGGAAUGUCAAAAACAUGCAAGAACACCAAUUCCAAAUGGAAGUACGUAAUCAUUAGGAUGCCCUGCUUUAUGAUGCAGACAGACAUUGUCGCUGUGUGAAGACUUCCUGGUGGAGUGCCCAGCCUCAUCAUUCUAGGUUUGGCUAGGUGGUACACAACACCUGGCCCAAGUUACUCUGUGUCCCACCACACACCGGCAUGCCUGGUGGUAUGGACACACUUCCAGACAGUCCGUUCAGUAAAGCCCACUCCUCACUGUCUGUAUCAGUAGUCAACAGAUAGAUUCUGCUCUCAACAUGUGCCAGGCCUGACUGUUGUUGUAUAGGGAAGUGCUAAAAGAGCUAUUUAUAAAAAGGAGAAGAGACAGAGUAAUAUAUUUGAAAAAAUAUUUUUUUCUUUUGCUGUGUUUAGAGGAAGAUGCUGGUAACAAUGACAAUGAUGGUGGUGAAGAUAGAUUGGACGCUUGUUACAGCGUUUCCUUGUCACACUCUUAUAGUCAAGCAGAGUUGAAGCAGUAGUAGAAUGAUGUAAAAUUCAACUUCAACAUUUCCGAAUGAAUUUUUGUUUUGUAUGAUGCAAGAUUAUUGCGGUAUUCUGUGUCGUUUUUGUAGCGUGAAUAUAGACUGCCAAUGCUAAUGAAGCAACAGGAAGUAGCUCUGGUGCCCUCUCUCUCUCGAAACUCCCCAAAGAUGGCCCCAUAGUGGACCGGCUGACCAACGACAAAAGCACAAUGAAACUCAAUCACCUUCUACAGGACUUUAAUUUUGAAGAAAAACGAAACAAAAACACAAACCUUAUUUCUCCCUUUUCUAGUGCUUUUCCUUGUACUGUUUAGAGAUAAAUGAUUAUCUCCCUUCACAUUUCACACAAAAAAGAAAAAAAUACAUGUUUGAUUCUCCGUUAUGUUCUGCGCUGUGACAAUGCAUGACACCAGGGUUGAGGCCUUACCCAUAACUACAUAGAAAGGUGGGGGGAGGUUGGCCUUAAACUCUGAUCUAAGGUCAGUUCUAUAUUUCCCUCCAAACUGUUAAUAUUAGAAUUGGUGUAAGGAGAUCCUACCCAGAGGAUAACUUUUCUUCCAAACCUCCUGCCUAAAUAGCCACUUCCUGUCUUACUUCCUGUUGACAUUUGUAUAGUAUUCUCCAUUAUGAGGAAGAGAAAGUCUUGAUAUCAAAUACCCCAUUUCCCAAUUAUUUAAUAUUCGAAUUUAGAUUUUUAGCAUCAAAGUAUAUAAAAAGAAAAAAAAGAAAAUGGUGUGAUGUUUUAGCAAAGAGUGUUUCUCUUUUUUUUUUUUGGUCUGUUAUGUUUGAUACCAUGUGUGGCUGACUGUAAAAGGCUCUUUCUACGGUUUCUAGUUUCAAGGUAACAAGUUGGGGGGCACCAAAACGUUGAUGCGAGAUACAAAUACAUAUAGAUAUAUUAACAUAUAGCCUACUAUGACUACUUAACAAAGCUGUUAGUUUUUUCAAAUCUUUGUUUGUUGUUCUGGGUUGUAAUAUAGUAAUAGAAUGGAUCCUUUAACAUUUUUAGACCUUAAAGGUUGUGUGUGUGCAACUCUAAAAGAACAUUUUUUUCACAAGGUUCUCUCCCUGAGAGGGGCCCUUAUUUCUCUCUCCUUCUCUCCUUCUGUCUUUCCUUU